GCGCUAGAGCAACCCAGACACUGCUCAUUCAACUUGCCUGUGCUUCAGUCACAUUGGAGAGCCAGAGGGACAGAGCGAGAGGGACCUGAGAAAACUGAACCGUGCCAACUGCAUCGUAUUCGCUGUACCCACACAGACAACUCUGAAUUUACAUUAAAUAUGUCUAUCACCAUCUGCUGUCAAAAGCCCCAGGUUAUAAUGCACGACCAACACAGAAAAAGUUUGACUCUAUAGCCAACGGGAUCCUGAGGACUUGAUUACAGUCGCUUCAAGCCUGAUAGUUUGCAUCGGUGCGGCUCCCCCCGGCUCACACCCCUCUGGACGACUGGCAUUGCCCCCACCCCUCCUCCUCCGCUGGUAGAGAAGACUUGGGUUCCCUUGUGGUCUCUGUCUACUUUGCCUUUGUCUUCUCUCCCAUCGUCCCCUGUUGGUCUACUGGUACCAGUAACAGUCCCCGGAGUUACAUCAUUCUGUAUUAGGCUCUGCCCCCAACAUUAAGCAGUAAAGAUGAUUUCCAACGGUUAUUUGAUCUUUGAAGAUGAGACUUUCCUGGAUUCCACUGUGGCCAAAAUGAACGCCCUGAGAAAGAGCGGACAGUUCUGUGACGUGCGACUGCAGGUGUGUGGUCAUGAGUUGAUGGCCCACCGUGCUGUGCUGGCCUGCUGUAGCCCCUAUCUGUUUGAGAUCUUCAACAGCGACAUCGAGGCUCACGGCGUGUCCCACGUCACCUUCGAAGACCUGGACCCAGAGGCUGUGGAGAUCCUGCUCAACUACGCCUACACUGCCCAGUUAAAGGCGGAUAAGGCAUUGGUUAAGGAGGUCUACUCUGCAGCCAAAAGGCUCAAGAUGGAACGAGUCAAGCAGAUCUGUGGCGACUACCUGCUGUCUAAGAUGGAUUCCCAGACCGCCAUCUCCUUCCGUAACUUUGCAAGCUGCAUGGGAGAUGGCCGCAUGCUGGCCAAGAUCGACGCCUACAUCCAGGAACACCUGCUGGAGGUCUCAGAGCAAGAGGACUUCCUCAAACUGCCCCGCCUCAAGUUAGAAGUAAUGCUGGAAGACAGCCUGUGCCUGCCCAGCAACGGCAAGCUCUACAACAAGGUGCUCAACUGGGUCCAACGCAGUUUGUGGGAGAACGGAGGUCAACUGGAUAGACUGAUGGAGGAGGUGCAAACGCUGUACUAUUCAGCCGACCACAAGCUGCUCGAUGGCGCUCUCAUCAUUGAGGAACAUGGGGUGUUUGGUGUUGGUGCAGAGGACCACAUCCAGUUUGUGCAGAAAAAGCCCCUUCGUGAGAACAGCAACACCCAGAGACAGCUGAGUUCCAGCUCCUCCGGCAGCACCUCGCCCCCCGGCUCCUCCUCCAGCACACCCUGCAGGAGAGAGUGGAAGUAUAUUGCCUCCGAGAAGACCACCAACAACACUUACCUGUGUCUGGCCGUGCUGGAUGGAGUGUUGUGUGUGAUCUUCCUGCAUGGCCGUAGCUCUCCCCAGAGCUCUCCCUCUGCCACACCCUGUCUGAUGAAGAGCCUCAGCUUCGAGGCCCAGCCUGAGGAGCUGGAGGAACACCCGCUGACCACCAUGCACUAUGCCCGCUCUGGCCUGGGCACUGCCACCCUGCACGGCAGGCUCAUCGCUGCAGGAGGGUAUAACCGAGAGGAGUGCCUGAGGACGGUGGAGUGUUACGACCCCAAAGACGACCGCUGGACCUUCACCGCUCCCAUGCGGACUCCCAGGGCUCGCUUCCAGAUGGCAGUGCUUAUGGGUCAGCUGUACGUGAUGGGCGGCUCCAACGGCCACUCGGACGAGCUGAGCUGUGGGGAGACUUAUGAUCCGCACACUGACACGUGGGCUCAGGUGCCCGAGCUCCGGACCAACCGCUGCAACGCAGGUGUCUGCUCGUUGAACAACAAGCUGUUUGUGGUGGGAGGGUCAGACCCCUGUGGGCAGAAAGGCCUGAAGAACUGUGAUGCUUUUGACCCUGUGACCAAGACCUGGAACAACUGUGCUCCCCUCAACAUCAGGAGGCACCAGGCUGCGGUGUGUGAGCUAGAUGGCUUCAUGUACGUGAUUGGAGGUGCCGAGUCGUGGAACUGCCUGAACACAGUGGAGCGUUACAACCCCGAGAACAACACCUGGACCCUGAUCUCCCCCAUGAACGUGGCCCGCAGGGGGGCUGGGGUGGCCGUCUACGCUGAGAAGCUUUUCGUGGUUGGUGGGUUUGAUGGCUCCCAUGCCCUGCGCUGUGUUGAGGUGUACGACCCAGCCCGCAACGAGUGGAGGAUGCUCGGUAGCAUGACCGUGGCACGCAGCAAUGCGGGUGUCGCCGUGCUGGGUGAUUUCAUCUGCGCCAUGGGUGGCUUUGACGGAAACAACUUCCUGAACACGCUGGAGGUUUACGACCCCGAGACGGAUGAGUGGAGCGACUGCGCCGAUGCCCUCUCCUCCUCCGCCUGAGGGUUAAGGGUCAGAGAUCAAUGGAGGUGGGGGGUACCUUUCCCAAACUAACAGGCUUAGUGACAUAAUCGUGUUUCGUGAUGUUCCGUAGGUGAGUGGGAGGAAGGGGACAGGGGAACCAUUUUGGCAGGGGGUCUUCAGUGAAGACUGGAGUAUUUAAAGUGGGAGGAAGGGGACAGGGGAACCAUUUUGGCAGGGGUUCUUCAGUGAAGACUGGAGUAUUUGGGGGGGUUGCCCGAAAGCAACAUUAAGCCUUUGCAUACAAUAUUUUUCGUGCUGUAUAUAUUUUCCUUUUUGUCUUAAGAAUGCCAACAUUUAAUACACCUUUAGUGCAAUUUAGUUUUUUGUUGUUGUUGAAAGGUUGUAUUGUUUUCUGAGAAGAAGCUACUGUUUUGAUCAUCUCAACACUACCUUGGACCUACUGGUCAGGAUGGGUGAUGGUACUGGAAAAGUUUGGGUUGACUUGAUUUAGAAGGUGAUUCUGAAUAGUUGUUUCCAUUUUAAACUGUCAUUUUAACUCCCACACACAUUUAAAGAUAUGCAGUUUGAAGCCUUAUUCAAAGAAAGAGGGUCACUCCCAUCAUGGCUUUUGUCAUUUCAACUAAAGCUGGAUUUUGCUUUUCCAAUCUUUAAUGAUGGCCUUUUUGAAAUAUUUUUAUACACUGCUGAUUUACCAAUAGAAGAAGUAGCUGACGCACAUGACAACUGAGUCAUCAAAUGAAACCAGUGUCAGUUUAGUAACAACGCGAACACACACACACACACACAACCAACCAUGCUUCUGUGCUUGUUCUAACCACAUAUUUUGUUACUGCGUUUUGACUAAUUCACUAUUUGUAGAGAUGCUGUUUUCUUUAUUUCUUGUGUGGUGUUUUAAAAGGGGUUCAGACAUUUGGCUUUUGACAUUUUCUUUUUUGAGUUUAGAAAGUCCUGUAUCACAUUUGUAACACGCUGAUAUUCCUGAACUAAUAAACCAUUUCAACCUGA